AUGGACGCAAAAGACGUCGCUUUUCACGAUUCCUUCAAGCCUCGCUGGGGUCCCAUGGAUGCUCUUGUUUGCGCUAAGAGCGAUAUGGAGCCUUUGCGCGAUGCCGAUCAGCGGUGGCAGGAACGCUUCUCGGUCUUCAGUGAGGCAAGAGAUAUCGCUGUGAUGGGCUAUAACCGGUCUAGCAACUCAACAGAGAUGCUCGAUGUUCAAAGGCAGCAGUCCACCAUCCAGCGCGUUGAUGGAACUCCAUUGGUCCGGAUAUCCAAGAUUGAUCUGCAGCAGUUCGCAUUUUCCUCUGCUAAAGAUGAAGAGCGUUUGGUGUGGCAGCUGACCAACAUCCUCUUCAAUGAUGAUAUAGAAGAUGACAUUUCAGCUGGCGUGCCACCGCAAUUGCGGUCCAAGUUCGCGCAUCGUAUCAAGAAGGACCGCCUGACUCGACUAUGGGAGGGCAUUAUUCGUGAGCGACAUGCUCAUGCCAUCGAGCUCAUUCGCUCGCCGGAAGAACGCGCCAUUCAACUUCUUUGCUCUCACCGAGUUGACGAGGCAUGCAAAAUUUUGCUCGAAAACCAGGACCUCCAUUUGGCUACUGUGGUUGCACAGAUCGGUCGUGAUGCCACAUCACGGGCCGACAUGGCGAAUCAGAUUGAUGUCUGGCGCCAGAACAAUGUUCUCUCCGAGAUGACCGAGACUGUUCGGGCUCUCUAUGAGCUAGUCGCUGGCAACAGUCUUCACAGCGAAGGCAAAUCUGGCGGUGCUCUUGAAGACAGAGCUUCCAGCUUCACUUUUACUGAGCGGUUCGAUUUGGAUUGGUUCCAGGCUUUCGGUCUCCGUCUCUGGUAUGGCAUCACCGAGGAUGAGCCGAUCGAGGCUGCUGUGUCUAAAUUCCUCGCCGACAUGGCUUCCGGUCUGGAGCCUGCUUUCCCCCAUCCUUCGCACGGCGCGCGUGUGUCUGUCCAGCCUGGUACCGACACUCUUGGGCGUGAGUCUCCGCUAUGGGUGCUGCUGAAGGCUUACUCAGCCGCCAAUGGUUGCAAGAGCGUUAAAUCCGUUGAGCUCCCUGCGGCUCUGCUUCCCGAGUCUGUCUCCGGUGACCGAUUGACCAACCGGUUGUCAUUCCAGCUUCACUCCGUUCUCUCCGCCCUCUUGGGUCACCACGAUGCAAUCAAGGUCGACCAGCUGCAAAUGGACCGUCUCGUAUGGGACUAUGCUUCUGAGAUCAUCGCCGGCGAAGAGCUCGCCCCUGCUCUUUUCGUCCUUCUCCACCUCUCGCACCACGAAGAACGUAAGCGCGCGGUGCAAGAGACCCUGUCUCGCUUCGGCGCCGUUCUUCCCGAUCCGGAGUCUUCGUCGGGCACAGAAGCCGCUUGGCUUCAGCUAACUACCGAGCUCCAGCUGCCCGAAGCCUGGAUCUGGGUUGCCAAGGCCCUGCACGCCCGUUUCACCGGUGAUGCUAUCCGGGAAGUGGACUGUCUCAUCCGUGGCAAGCAUUGGAAUGACGCACACUCAACAUUCUGUCGCGCCGUCGGACCAAGAGCAAUUAUCUCUCGCGACUAUGCUAACCUCGAGCGCCUGGUCACGGGCUUCGGCGAGAACCCGGAGCGUAAAAUGCGCAACUGGGCCUCCGGUGGCGGUAUCUACGAAGACUUUUUGCGCCUGGCCACAGCAACCCGCGGCCGCCGGGAUCCAAUCCGCCUGAGUCGUCUGGUAAAUGCCCUCGUGAACAUGGGCGACCACGUCCGCAGCGGGAAGGGCAUGGAUGGGUUAGAGGAGCGCGUAGCGUUCAAGGAAAUGAGCCGGGCCGUUGCCGGCUGGAUCACACACGAAGAUGUUCAGGUUAGUCUGCUCUUCAAUUCCCUUCACUGUAAUCAUACAGUUACUAAUUACUUCUCUCAGUCUGUCGAGUCCUCUGCUGUUCUAGGUCUCCCGCUUACUGGCGAUGCCCGUGUUUUGCAGACCGUGGAAAUGAGUCGCAGAUAUUAUGGAGUCAUCAUGGCUGGCGGUCACUAA